AGGAACAGUCUUCAGAAGCAGGAAAGAAGACAAGCAGAAGACUUUGAAACAGUAUUUCUCCAUUAUGAAAGCUCAGUGAGCGAGGUGUUGAGUUGACACUGAUAAACCCAGAAGUGAAGCAAGGACAAAAAACAUGCUGGGUGUGGAAAUGUACCCUAGUUUGGCCCUGGGACCUCAGAGACUGAGCGACUGCUAUUAUAGAGAACAUGAACCCCCAGCACAUGUGCCACUUUAUCCUACUACGUGUGAGAUGUCAGCUCGUGGGCUUCCCCCUCGACUGCUGCAGCCCCCUCCUGCCACUGCAGAGACUCCCGGGGCUCCACAGGACAACGUCAAGAUGGAGCUUGAGAAUGCUUCGCUGUGGAAACAGUUCAGCACAGUUGGUACGGAGAUGAUCGUGACUAAGAAGGGCAGGAGAAUGUUUCCACAGCUGCGAGUGAAGCUGUCAGGGCUGAACCCAUCACUGCGUUACAUUCUUCUUUUAGACAUUGUACCUGUUGAUUCCUCUCGCUAUCGAUUUCAAGACAACAGCUGGCAGGUGGUUGGAGGAGCGGAGGCUCGGCUGCCGGACCGUGUCUUCAUCCACCCGGACUCUCCUGCGACUGGAGAACACUGGCAGAACCGCACCAUAUCCUUCCACCGAGCCAAACUCACCAAUAACACUCUGGAUGCACAAGGAUAUAUCAUUCUCCACUCUCUGCAUCGCUACCAGCCACGAGUCCAUGUGAUCGAAGCCCGUGAUGUGCUGAUGUGGGGAAGAGCCCAGCACUCUUUCACCUUCCCCGAAACACAGUUUAUUACAGUCACUGCAUACCAGAACAGCAAGAUUACUGAACUGAAGAUUAACUCAAAUCCUUUUGCGAAAGGCUUUAGAGAGAAUGGCAUGAACUGCAAAAAACAAAGAGAGGCAAGACUGAAGAGGAAAAUCCCUUCCAGUCAAGAUGAAUGUUUGGAUAUUGAGUCAUGUGACCCAUGUGAUUCUACUGAGCUCCUACCACAGUCGGUGGAAAUUCCAAACUCCGCCCUCUCCAUUAUAAACUCCGCCCUCCCAAUAACAGACUCAGGUUUUCAUACAGAAGUUCCAUCCCUUCCAGAUCAGACAGUCUCUGACCAGCCCCUAGAAUUCUUGACCUCUGAGAUUUCCUCAAUGGAGAGUCAACAACAGACAUCCUCUGAAAACAAUGUAAAUGACACACUGAUGGAUGGGUCUGGACAAAUGAUGGGCCUUUCUGGAUAUACAUCAACUUUCCCAACUCGUCAGCUCAGCUCAGCUCAUGCAUCAGUGCCUCAGUCAUCUUCCAUCUAUUCCAUGGUGUCCUCCACACAGAACUCUGAGCUUCAGCUUCCCCAGUCUUCAAUGGUUUCAUCACAACCCUCUAUGUCCACAUAUUCCUCUAUGCCUUCAUCAGACUUUCCUGGUCUAAAUACCUCUACAACCUCUCCCCCAGGCUCUUCAUACCCUCCCAUCUCUCACUCCAGCUCUCCGCACCUUCUCCCCUCAUCAUCCUACCACUCUCUUCUCCCAACAGACCAAUCCCAGGACAACCUAAGCCCCCAUACACCUACAAAUCCACCUUUCCAGUCUAUCCCCUCCUCUUCUUGUCAAAGUUCUGGGUUAACCAUUGACCCUGGCCAAAAUCAAGUGGAUGAUGGAGGAUUACACUCAUCUGACGAAGUGACUCCUGCAGUCCGAAACCCAACCCAAACUGCCUUUCCCUUCCCUCCGGUGCAAUCCUCAAAUGACCCCGAUCCAACAUCCCCUCCAUGUCAAAGUCUACCCCAAUCUGUUCUACCCUUUCAGCCAGUGCCACAGUGCAACCCAAACCAAAUUCCCACCCCUUCUGACCCAAAUACAACUCCAACCGCAUUCCCCUUCCCUCCGGCAGCACAGCCAACACCUUCCAAUCCAAACCCAAUGGGUUUCCCCUUUCCCCCUGUUCAACAGAACCAUAGCCACAACUUGGGUACCGCAAUUCAUCCAACAACUGGAUACUUUUCAUUGCCUUCCACCAAUGUUAUCCAUCAAGGCCCAAUGCAAUCCAUUCCCAACACACUGCAGCCUACAACAGCAUAUCAAGUCCCUUCAUUCCCUGCAUCUCUACCCAAACACACCAAUCCUGGGUCUCUCCAAAACCCUGCACCAACUCUCACCUCUCACACUUCCUACCCCUUCUCAACUCCUAUCCCAUCUGGUCCACAUCCUCUCCAGAGUCUGACUCUGCCCUCAUCUAGCUCUUUCCAUAGUGUCCCUGCGAUCCCGAAUACAACUCAAAUUCAAUCUACAUUUUCCCAGUCCUACCCUAAUCCCUCUUUCCAUCACAUGCCACCCCAAACGGCAAACCCCUGUCAGAUUACCUCCCAGUCUUUUCCCCCAAUCCAAACCGCAAGUACCUCCCAGUUACUAUCUCAGUUUAAUCCCCAGGUUCCUCAAGCCUCGACCCAUCCACAAUGCCCUUCCUCUUCAAACGCAUAUCCUGCUGUAGCUCCCACUGAGAUAGGCACCUUCUCGCAGCUCAGUUCCACUGCCCCCUAUCUGCCAGAUAUGGUACUGCACCCUUCAUUACUCCCUUCUCUUGAUUCCUCUCUCUCCUCCUCUGCUCCCCCCCCAUCCCUUUAUAACCCUUUUCCUCCCUACCCACUCCGUCUUUGUCAGGAUCCUCGGUCCACCCUGCAUUUACCCCUGAGGCAUAUUUAUAGACAGCCACAGCAUGCCCAUGCUCAUGGCCAGGGCUCUUACUUUGACCUUAGCGGAAGAGCAGUAUUCUGAGAAUAAAGAGAAAAACAACAUGUUAGACAAAGUUUGCAUGAAGAUUGUGAUGUCUGCAUUAAUCAGCAACUUUGCUCUGAAGAUGAUGGAAGCACUGUACAUUUUAUGACUGCAUUGGAAGACCUGUUAGACAAAAAGAGACAAACCAAAGCGUAGUUUAAAAUGUAAAACUUCUUAGUGUUUAUGACUGACAAAGAAGUUUAGAUUGUUUUUGCUUUAUCCUGACUAUGCUUUGUGAAGUUGAAUAAUGAUCUAUAUUAUUUCCUAGUUCUAUUUGUAUGCCUAAAUUACAAAAUAAAGUUUGAAUGAGUUUAACUGUA